AGUGUACGUGUUCGGCCCCGGCGGGAGGGGAUGGAGUUUCAUAUCCUGAGGGUCUGCGAGUCAUGGCCAUCGACGGCGACCGGGCUUGCCUCUUGAUCCUCGUCACCGUGCUGAGAAAGUGCCAGUAUGAAGUUACAGGUCAAGCAAAAGCGACGGAAGCCUUAGAAAUGCUGAGACAGAACAAAGACAAGUUUGACAUCGUUGUCACCGCCAUUGUAGGGCUCGACAUGGACGGUUUCAAUCUCCUGGAGAUCAUCGGCCUUGAAUUGGACAUACCAGUCAUUAUGGUAUCGGCAAGUAAUGAUCAGAAGAUCAUAAUGAGGGCUAUAUUGCAUGGGGCUCGGGACUUCCUAAUGAAGCCGGUUAGGAUUCAUGAGCUCCAAAACAUUUGGCAGCAUGUGCUAAGGAAGCAGUUACGCAAACAAGAAAAAUCUAGGCUUGCGGUCGAAAAACCAGCUCCAGAAACAAAGGGGACGAAGCGACCGAUGCUCUCGGACGAAGUACCAGAGGCUAAGGAUGAAAACAAUUGCCAAGCUGACAACAAUGGUUCGGUUCGUAAGAGAACAAGGGUCAGUUGGUCCACCGAGCUUCAUCUCAAAUUCGUUAAUGCAGUUCAGCAGCUAGGAAUCAAUUCAGCAUAUCCGAAACAAAUACUGGAAAUCAUGAAUGUACAGGGACUCACUAGAGAAAAUGUGGCGAGUCACCUGCAGAAGUACAGAAAUAUGCUGAAGAAGCACAAUGCAGCUCUUAACCAAGAAAGCCAAAGCGAAGCUGAUUCGAGCCUAAACACUAGGCGUGGCCGCUACCGAAAGAACAACUACAAUGCCUACGGAGUAGGAAGUGCCCGGCCACCUCUCAACAUCAACCAAGCUAACGACUACACCAUCACAUCCAAAAUGCUAAUGAACAACCACUCAGGCAUUAAUCAGAACGUUCCUCCGGGUCAUCUCAAUGCUCUUCAAGUGUACAGACCGCAUGUGCAGCAUGUGCAGACUCCUUGGCUUGAGCACCAACCUUCAGCUAAUGUACAUCCUAUGGUCAAUCAAUUCGCCGCGCCUGAGUUUCGAAGACUGAGCUUCUCAACUUCGCAAUUUGGACAUAUGCAGCCAGAGAAUCAGAUAGGAAGUCACUCUGAGCACUUUCAUUUCCAUAGUCCCCGGAUAGGAGGCGGCUUCAGCAGUAGGCCAAUUAAUCAUCCUCACGGGUUCCCAGCUGGUUUCAAUGAACGUCCUCUGUUAAUUCACGCCGGAGUUUGUUCCACAACGGAUACCUGUAUGGACUCCACGACCAACCAUGUUCAUAAAUCUGAAACUGACAGAGGGACAAGUACUUAUUGUCAAGGCAAUGGUGAAAGCUCCAGCUCGAGGAAUCAGAUUGCUUGUGGCGAAAGCAAAGUGAGAAAUCCGUCAUCAGUACGAUCAUUAGAAAGCGACAAUGCCCAGCUCGAGCAUCAAUUGCUCGAAAAAUCAGAAGAAGGAAGAGAUAUGUACCACCACAAGUUGAGUUACCUUGAUGAUGAGCUUACGGUCAUGAUCAACCAGUUCAAUGUUGAUGGAGCUCCAAAGCUAUGA